ACCGAGAAACAGAGGGUACCGCGGUGGGGAGUGUUUCUAAGGACUACGAAAAAAAAAGAACAAUGACGUCGAUAUUUAUUAUAAAAAAAAAGUUUUGAGGUUGGAUUCAUUUAUAAGAUUAUAAUUUCAGAUUGUAAGGAAAAAAUAUAACAUGAAAAUAAAAAUUCAAUCUGUAAAAUUAGAAAUUAGAAAAGGGUCUAUGUUAUAAGUCAGUGACCACGGUCCUGAUCCCCACCACCAUGCCAUGCGAGUGCUUUCAGCAUCCAUGACAAAAGACAGUCGAGCUUCAACAUGGCUGAAGACAAGAUGGAUGUAGAUAAACAAAUCGAAGAAAAGAAAGAAGAAAGAGAAAAGAAAGUAGAAGUUGAGGAGAAAGAAGCAGAAAACAAACAAGAGAACACAAAGAAGGAAGAAGUGCCGAAGCGACAGGAGGAACAAUUAUCGGCAUCAAAAAUUAAAAAAAUGGUAAAAAAAAUGAUAUAUGGAGGACGCCGUGGCGGCCGCCACGGAGGAAGAGGUGGGCGAUGGGGCGGCCGUCGUGGCGGGAGAGGAGGACGCCGGGGCGGCGGAAGAGGCGGCAAUCGCCCUGUGAUUUUUAAUAUUUUUUAAUAAAUAUUUUAUAUUUUUCAUUAUUUAAUUUAUUGCUAUAAUAAACAAUGUAAAUUAUUA